AUGUGUAGCGUCCUUACGCCCGAGCAGCACAGCUUCCGUCAACACAACAUCGGGGGGGGGGUGGGGGAGUGGGGGGGUGGGGGGGUGGGGGGGGGGGGGUGGGGGGGGGUGGGGGGGGGGGGGGGGGGGGGGGGGGGGGGGGGGGGGGGGGGGGGGGGGGGGGGGGGGGGGGAGGGGGGGGGGGGGGGGGGGGGGGGGGGGGGGUGGGGGGGGGGGGGUGGAGGGUGGGUGGGGGGGGGGGGUUGGGGGGGGGGGGGGGGGGGUGGGGGUAGUGGUAUUAUUAAUUGGUUCAUCUAG